UCGAUGUGUUUCAAUAAUGAUGACAUGUACGCAAUUUCAUCAGUACUACACCGCACAGGCGUGGUCUAUCGGACUUCUCUGGUUUCCGCGGUUUCUAUAGAUUUGCUUGUUCGGUAUCUGUAAACAUACUCAGUGAGGUCUGUGAGCUGACACUGUGCAGCGUUUCUAAUUUGGAAGCCAGCGAGUUCUAGUUUCAGUACAAAGACGAGAACUUGGCGUGAACUUCGAGGAGCUACAGCGCAGGACCGACAAGCAAACGAUGGUGUCUGUCCUCUGGACUGGUGUUGUGAUUUUGCUGACAUGUCACUGCUCGUCAAGUGUUUAUAUCCAUAACAUUUCUCCAAGAUCAGGAAGCUUAGCAGGAGGAGCCAGAGUUACAAUUGAUGGUAGUGGCUUUAGUCCGGAUCAAUAUGAAGGAGCCAAUCAUGUGUUUUUUGGUGGAAUUCCUUGUGACGUGGAUUGGUUUAAUAGUGCCAAUGAGAAGCGUUUAGUUUGCUGGACUAGGCCAUGGCCUAAAGCAAGGGAAGAACAAAGUUCAUCGUAUUUGCAGACUGACAUUGUUGUUGGACGGCUAUCUGUAACAGAGACCAGUCGGUGGUCGCGUCAACAUCGAUACUACUGGUGGUCUACUCCAAGGAUGGAAAGUGUAGCUCCUAGAUCAUCGAUACCAGGAACUGUACUUGUGAUGAAAGGAUGGUUUGUUACAAGUAAUAUCCAUAAUGUUCAAAGAGUGAUGGUAGGCCAUGCAGUAUGUGAGUUGUACAAACCUGACAGCUCAGAGCUUUAUAGAACGAAUGGGUGGCACAGGUAUGAGAUAUACUGCUUACCAUCUUUAGUGACACCAGGGUUCUAUAAUGCAACAGUUCACGCACCAGCGUAUGGAUGGUCUUGGAAUCAUUCAAAGUCGUUGCAACCAGGACCAGAUGGGCACUUGUACAUGUUUGAGCUUCAUCCAGAUAUAACAAGUGUUUAUCCUUCUAUCGGUUCAAGUGAUGGUGGCACUUUGCUUCGAAUCAGAGGGUCUGGCUUUGGUAAUCAGAUAAACAGAGUGUCUGUCGAUGUAGAUGGCAUACCUUGCAAUGUUAAAUCAAUUUCAAACAAUUUAUUGACUUGCUUGACUGGUCGUCCACCAUCAAACUCUCAAGCUAUCUUUAAGGCUAAUCGAACAUCGAUUCCUUACUUUGAAGGAGUUCGUGGUGCUACGAUGACAGUGUGGAAUGGUAUCAGUGGUACAUAUGUUUCUGAUUUGCAAAAUUCACUAAAAUAUCCAAACUAUCCUGAUGUUUAUCACAACGUUGAUCAAUUCUCGAGUCCAUAUCACUAUGGAUCGAGAUAUGGCCUGGAGUUGGAAGCAUUUUUCACCUCUCAUUAUGACAGCUGGCAUACGUUCUACUUUGCAAGUGAUGAUGCUGGUGAAUUGUGGAUGUCUAAUUCUACAAAUACUUCUGAAAUUUGGAAAAUUGCUUCAAUUAAUAGACACAGCUGGGUGAGUUAUUACAAGUUAGUCGCCAGUCAAAUUUCAAAACCAGUUUACUUGAGGAAGGGACAAAAGUGUUACCUGAAAGCUUUGGCAAAGGAGCAUGGUGGUGCUGAUUUUGCGAUGGCUGCUGUUUUAGUUCACAACCCUCAUUAUCUAUAUACUAGUCUUGAGACAAAGUCUGCUGUUGCUGAACGUCAGGAAGUCCGCAUAACUGCUUUAUCUGAUCCUGAGAUUCACUCAAUAGUAGUGAAUUAUCCAUCAUCUGCCGCCCAUCUAACUUCAGCAUUUCACUUGGAAUGGGGUAGUCGGAGUAGCUCUUCGCUUAGUGUUGAAGCAACUGAUGAGGAAGUGCAAGAUGCUGUUCUCGGUCUUUUUGGAGGCAAAUGCAUAGACAACAGCAACAAAUUCAUUGAUUUGUAUGAUAUUGAUACAUUUGACGAAGAAGGCAGUGAUGUUUGGAGUCAAUUAGACUCGAGACCAAAGGCUACAAUCACUUUUGAUGAUGCAUAUUGCGGACGCCAAUCUCUACAAGUUGUGUCAGGAUAUUCACUGAAUUUUGAUAGGGACAUAGGACUCGAAACUCGUCAGGAAGAGACUGGAUACUCUACUGUUGACUACCCCUAUAUUUGUAUGGCUUAUCGAAUUCCUACUGGAACACAUUCAGUGCUUGUUGUGAAUGUUGACGGUAGGGGUUGGUAUUCCAUUCCUUUGACUGAAAUUGAUACUGUUCCAAAGGGUACACGUUUGCCUAACUGGCAGGAUGAGAAUGGUGAACCUGUGAAAGAUGACAAUCAUUGGCACUACUCGUGCUUCGAUCUCGGAAUUGCGCUUGCAACUGAACUGGGGGAAGGACAACAGUACUUUGUUGUGGGGAUUGGUUUUGCAUCACCAGAACCUGACUACCGAACUGGGCCAUUCUACAUUGAUGAGUUUUCAGUUGCUUCCGAAGUGAGACACCUUGUUCAAACUGAAAAGCCAGCGAGGCCAAAUGGAUUAGUGUUACACAGUGUGACAGUGUCCAGUAUAAGGCGAAAUAUCUCAGAAAAUGUGCGAUCCGUUGAAUUUGAUUUGCAGUACCAGGCAACAACAUGCUUUGAUGAGUUCAGUGUCAUUGCUGUCAACGUGUCUUCUGAAGCAGCUUCAAAAGGCGUUAAUGUUUCGACAAGUGUAAUGCAAUCUGCUAGUGAUGCUAUUGAGGGAACUUUUCGACUUGCUGUAUUUGGCAGUUGGACACCAAACAUUACUCAUGAUGCCACUGUCGAUGAGUUUAAGACUGCCUUGGAGUCAAUCCCUGGUCUAGGUGAGGUAGCUGUGUCUGUGUCAGCGCAUGAUUCAGAAAGAGGGUGUACAGGCCAUAAGUGGCAAUUUACUCUCACUGAUGUUGCCAAUGAUGUGCCGUUGGUCCACGUCAGUGAUCAGCUUCAAGGUCAUGAUGUGACAAUAAGCACUACUGAGAUUGAGAAUGGGGGUAUCUUGUUUGAUCCAAUACCAGGAUAUAUGCUGCAGACUGUUGAAAGGACGCCUCAUGUGCAUGUAACUGUGAAUGGUAUUCGAGCAAGCUGUCAAGGUUCUGGUGAGAAAUUUCAUGCUACUCGAUACUCACAAGACACUAGCUGUCAGUUUAUUUAUUCCCAUGAUGCUAAACCUGUUGUGUCAUCAUUAAGUCCUACUUCUGGAGUAGCUGGAGAUACAGUUCUCAUAUAUGGGUCAGGAUUUGACCUAAAGAUUGAGGAGUAUGACAUUCGUUUUGGUGAUGUUGCGUGUAAUGUUACAUAUGCCAAUGAGACGGAAGUGCACUGCAUUGUCGGACAAAGUCAUGCUGGAAAGCAUCUCUUACAUUUUCAAGUUUUCUCAUCUGGAAAAGCCAGCACUUCUUUGUUUUUUAUGUAUGAGCUGAACUUUGUGUUGGAGAGUCCAACUGAAGGCGGUCUUAAGGGAGGUUUAAUUGCAACGCUUAUAGGGCAUGGUUUUGUUGAUUUCGAUCAAAAUGGAAACAUGACAAAUCAGACUGUACUGUUUGGAUCUACUCCUUGUGAUGUCAUUACAUCUGGCUUCUCCAUUUUGCAAUGCCUUAUACCAGCAAAUGAUGUUUCUGCUGUGGUUAAUGUUACUGUUCUUGUGUACUCUGAUGGUGAUGUUGUAGCUGUGACUGUAAAAGAUGGGUUCACAUAUUCUAAUGCAAGUACGCCUCAUGUGUAUCUGAUUCAGCCAAAUAUGGGAAGUGCUGGUGGUGGAACUGUUGUGACUCUAAGUGGUAGUGGUUUUUCAAUAAAUACUCAAGGCAACUCUGUCAAGAUUGGGGAAGCUGUCUGUUCAGUUACCUCUGCAUCAAAUGACAGUGUGACUUGUGUGACCAGCAGCAUGCAACCUGGUACUUAUGAUGUCGUAGUCCUUGUUGCUGGAAGUGGCACAGCAAGUGGAUCAGUUGCAUUCACAUAUGAACUCAUAGUUGAAGAUGUGUCAUAUUUUGCUGGAUCUCUGCUGGGUGGUCAAAGAAUUAUGUUGUAUGGUGCUGGGUUUAGUGACACUGCAAGUGUUCUCCUUGGUGAUAUAAAGUGUGAAGUAGAGACGGCAACUAGUAACUCCAUUCAAUGUGUGACUCAGUCAUCAACAAAGACUCAUUAUGUUGACAACUUUGGCUAUCAUUCGGAAUACGGUGUUGGUUAUCAGUGGAGACCAGAAAAUGUCACUAUUCAAGUUGGAGAUACUGUAGAGUGGGAGUGGACUGGAAGUGCAUUUACAACUCUAAGAAGUGUUGUUCAGGUUGCAGAUCAAAAUGCUACACAGUAUGAUGGUGUUGGGUUCCGUUCAACAGCAAGUACUAGUGGCAGAUUUCGCCAUACAUUCGAUCAACCUGGAAUUUACCAUUAUGUGUCAGAGGGACACGGAGAGCUGGGUUUCAGAGGUUCUGUCACUGUAACUGGUUUGAAGACAAAAGUGGUACCCAUUGAAGUCAGUGUUAAUGGUAUUUCUGCUGAUCAUGGUCGCAAUCUUUUGGAGGGAUCAUUUAGUGCCAUCUCUACGUCUUGUGAUGUACUUGACAUGCCAGACAAUGUUUCACAUGUUGCAUACUAUGCUUUCUCAGUGUGUGUUACACCCUUAAUUACGGAAAUUGAUCCUCCUGUUGUCUAUUUGGGAGAAGAGCUCAUUGUACGAGGUACUGCAUUUGCCAAGGAGCCAUAUGCUAAGUCUCUCAAUACUCUAACUAUUGGUGGAAAGUCAUGCUUAACUUCUCCUGAUAGCCGCCUUUCACCAGAGGUCUCAGUAAAUGCAACCACUUUUAAUGACUCUGAGAUUGGUAGGCAGGAAGAAAUAAGGUGUGCUGUGCCAAAGCUACCACCAGGAUUAUACAGAGCAGUUGUUCAUGUUGCUGGUCGUGGAUGGGCAUUUGGUUAUUUGCAAAUGUCAACUGUAGCAUAUCAGGCUAUUUUCAGUUUCAAUUAUUCUUCUGGUUCAGUUCAUGGUGGAACUAAGUUGAGCAUUCCAGGAGUAGGUUUCCAUCCUCGAUCAGCUUUGAGCAACAGAGUGACAAUUGGAACUGCUGUUUGUGACGUGCAGUCUCUGGUAGAUUCAGAUGAAUUUGGCAAAGGUGGCAGUCUGACUUGCAUUACAAGAAAAACCCUUGAUGAUGGCUACUCCGCUGUUGUGAAGGAAGAUGAACCGUUGGCUUACUGGCAGCUGAAUGACAAAGGAGUCAACAACGCAUACUUCAUAGCUAAUAACUCGGGACUACUUGGUUCAGUUGCAGAUGCGCAUGCAGUUGAUUGGGUUCAAAUGGGUGUUCAUGGCAUCAGUCGUAACAACUGGACAAACAGUGCCGUUCGUUUCGAUACAGUGUGGUUGACAGUUCCUUAUUUGUCUAAACUAAAUAGUCCAUCUAAUCUCAGUGGAGAGCUGUGGCUGAAAGUUGAGAAUGCAAAAAGUGCAUAUCAAUUUGUAAUGGGAUCUUAUGUUAGCGGCAGACUAUCUGAGGGAUACUUGAUUUGGAUUAAUCCAUGUGAGGAAGUAGAAUUCUGGUUAGCAGUCAAUGUAGAAGCAAACCUGACUGAUUCACAUUGUGGCUAUUAUGAUGAACAUAAUACUGCAGAAUCAUCCAGUGGAAGCAAUUCUGUUGGAGUUGGCACUAAUCUCAACUCAUGUGAACAGUGUAAGGGUAUGAGGACAGUUUCGUGGCAAGAGGCCGAACAAACUGGCUUACCAGCUGGAGUGUGGUCUGUUGUUACUGGCUCAGUAGUUGGAAAUUCUUGGUCACAUAUUGUAUUCAGCUGGACUUUGAAUGAUUUGAAUGUUGACCCAGAAUAUGGACAACAACUGUUGUACAUGGAAGGACAACUUGUUCACAAUAGAACUACAAGUUUCUCUCAUAAUACAGGCAGUGAUUUACAGAUUGGGGGUCAACGAAUGCGAACAUAUAACACAACUUUGAAACAUUUUGUUGGUGUAAUAGAUGAGGUAGCUUUGUACAAGCAACCUCUUAACGCUGAUGCAGUUGCCAGGCAUUAUUAUUUUGGAACAACUGAUGUGCAACCAGUGAUAAUACAGUAUGACACGGAAGACCACAGAGGAAUAGGCACUGUUCCUAAUGUCAAAUAUCCGCUACCAGUGAAAGAGUAUACUGACAAGGUUGUCAAUUGGACAUCAGUUGGAGCAGAUGCUUAUAUUGAGCCAUCUGAGCGGUUACAGUUCUAUUGGACAGGGUUUCAUAGUCUGGUUCAGGUUGGCAAGAAUGAGUUUGAGUCAUGUCGUCCUAAUCAAGAGAAGCGGAUAAUUUGGGGACUGCCUCAGUCAGAUGGUAAGGCAACAGUUGUAGACUUGGAAUCUGGUCGGAAGCAUUACUUCAUCAGUGAUGUCAAUGGAGACUGUGAAACAGGCCACAAACUUCAGAUUUUCGUUGGAAGUGAAAGAGUUAUUGAUUGGGGCCUUGGCCAUAUUUACGAGGCUAUUACUAUUUCACAAGGCACUGGUCUUCGAUUUCAGUGGUUUGAUGGUCCAAGUGUUUACCACGAUGUAGUAGAAGUAGCCAGUAAAGAAGAUCUAGAAGAGUGCGCUGUAGGAUCUGUGGCAGAAGUGAAAGGAAGUGUUAUAGCUCGAUACUCACAACCAGCUACCAGUGGGAGUGUUGUUCUGCCAACAUUGACUAUUGGCACGCACUACUUUGCCUGUGCUGUGUCUGGACAUUGUGGUGCUGGCAUGCACAUUGCUGUAACUGUCACAGGAGAUGGUGAAAUAGCUGAAGAUAAUUCAGGAACUGACCUCCAUCAAACGGUUCAUGUUCACUGGAGACUGCAAUCAUAUUCAGACAUUGUUGUGACAGUUGGAGACACAGUUGUGUUUGACUGGGAUGAAUUCCACUCUCUUAGCCAGGUGAGUAAGACUGCAUAUGAUCAGUGUGACAUAGCAUCUCCUCCACUCAAAGAAUGGGCUCGAUCUUCUGUUACUGGGACAGUUGCUGUGAGCAGACUUGCUCCGGGUACUUACUACUUCAUUUGUGCUGUUGGUGGUCAUUGUGGAGCAGGGAUGAAGGUUACUGUCAUUGUAAAAGCAAAGUCAGAUGGUCCUUUGCUGGAGAAGCCUCUUACUGCCAGCUGUGUGAUAGGAUAUUGUUCUUACGGCUACCAUGAAGAUGACACCCCAGUGCUCCUCAGCAUUGAGCCAAAUCAUGGAGUACCUGGGACUGUAGUGACAAUAGUUGGAGAGCGGCUGGUAAAGGAGGACUUUGAGCACAAUGGUAGUUUGUCUUCUUUUUUGGAAAUACGUGUUGGUCUCAGCCUAUGUAAAGAUGCUGUACUUCUUUCUUCUUCUGAUAACCAUACUGUGUCAUGUGUUGUCACAGCUAAUCAACCAGCUGGUAAUAAAGUUGUCAGCGUGUUGGUGUAUGAUUCAGGUUUUGGAACAUCAGACAAAAAUGUGUUCAAAUUGUCAAAUCCUCUGAUUUUCAUGGUUGAUUCAACAAUUGAAAUAGUGUCACCAGCUCAAGGAAGUAUAGCUGGUGGAACUGACCUCACAAUAACUGGAUCUGGCUUUUCAUUUGUGGAUACAGCCAUUACAGUCAUGAUUGGUGAUUUGGAGUGUCAUGUGAUGGAAUCUUCGUUCAAUGAUAUUAAGUGUGUGACAUCAUCUGCUGAGAACUCUGUUGGAGUACAUGAUUCUAUACUUCCAAUAUUUGUGUCUAUUGAUUCAAUUGACGCAAAAUCUUCUGCAAACUUUACAUAUAGCACAAAUUCAACCCCCUUUAUAUUCAACGUGUCCAACUCUGUUUUGGUAUCGGGCAAUGAAAUUACAAUAUCUGGUCAGUUUUAUUCUAUGGAUAAUGAGAAGAUAGAGAUCUAUGUGGUUAGGAAAGGAUCUGGAAUUCAAUCAAAACGAUCAAUUUCUUCUUUGCCAAACACUCGGCAGGAAUGUAAAGUGACGGCAGUAAGUGUGACAGCAAUUAGUUGUAUGGUUGGCCCUCGAGUGGGAGGUGAUCAUUAUAUAGUUGUUGCUAGAGACACCGCCAAAGGCUAUGCUUUAGCCAGCCCUGCAUCUGCAGCUGACGUGGCUUACCAAUUACAAGUUGAUUAUGUUUCUCCUUCUGCUUUUGGUCUUGGUGGUGGAGUUGAAAUGAUUAUACUCGGAACAGGCUUUUUGUCAGCCACAGUAGAUGGGCAAGAGUCUUAUUUCAGAUUUAGUCGCAAUUCAUCAUAUGUUGACACCCAAAAAGAGGCUGUUUCGUUUGGCCAGUCACUGGUUUCUAGCAAUUUGCAUGGCAAGUUGGUGUCCCAUUAUGGUAUUGAUUAUGGUGUCACCUAUAGCAUCAGUGUUUGUGGUAAAACAUGCUAUAUCCAACAGUCAACAUACAACAAGACUAUUUGCAUUGUCCCACCAGUUGAAUUCAAUGAAAACAUUACUGCAGCUGAUUUGACUGAUUUUGAUCAAAGUUGUGGCAUUGAAGCUGUUAUCAGUGGUUCUUCUGGAUCCGCAAGAUAUCUGUUUGGAUCCAAUGUUACAUAUUCAAGCAGUAUAACUGCAACUAUUGAAAGUGUGUCUCCACGAAUAGGUGGAACAGCUGGAGGAACUGUUUUGACUAUUAUAGGAUCAGGAUUCAAUUCAACUAUCAAAGGAGAACAGGUUGAUGUUGCAAUUAAUGGUGUUGAAUGUAGUGUGCAAACAUCUAGUGACUCACAAAUCACAUGUCGUACAAAUCCUCAUAAAACAACUCUGAAAGGACGUGUCACUGUUAUUGUGCCUGGAAAGGGAAGUGCGUUAGAACUAUUUAAAGGUAAUUUUACGUUACCCUCAUCUGCACAAUUUGAAUAUGUGGACAGAUGGUCAAGUCCUUACACUUGGGGAGGCAAUGAUCCUCCUGGUGAAGGGGCAGCAGUCCACAUUCAAGCUGGUCAGACAGUUCUCCUUGACACUUCACCCGUGGGAGUUCUCAGUUUGCUUGUACUUCAUGGAAAUCUCAUAUUUGAUGACAACCAAGACAUUCAUUUGCAAGCUAAAUAUAUCUUCAUUAAUGGAGGCACUUUGCAAAUUGGAACAGAGCAAGACCCAUUUAUGCAUCGUGCAGUCAUUACAUUGCAUGGUAACAUCAGGGACCCUGAAAUUCCUAUCUACGGUGCCAAGGUCUUGGGAUUACGUCGAGGAUCACUAGAAAUGCAUGGCCGACCAAGAGCAAUCACAUGGACUCGGCUGGCACAGACAGUUCACAAAAGAGAACAUAUUCUGGAGCUUGUGGAACCUGUUGAUUGGGAGGAAGAUGAUGUUAUUGUCAUUGCUUCCACAAGCAAGGAUGGAAAUGAAACAGAAACAGCAAGCAUCAGUUCCAUAGACAACGGUGGUUAUAGGAUUGUUCUACAUAAUCCUGUCAACUACACUCACUACGGAAUAACUGAUGUGCUUGAAGAUGGGCAAUUCAUUGAUAUUAGGGCUGAAGUUGGAUUGCUUUCUCAUAAUGUCAUAGUUCAAGGAUCUCAGUAUAUUGGUGAUCACUUGGAUGAAUUAGGAGCUGACCAAUAUGGCUCUCAAAUUAUGAUCCAUCGUGCAGGAGCUGAUCCAACACCAAUUAGACUGGAGAAUGUGGAAGUUCGACAUGCAGGACAAGCUUUCCGUCUUGGUCGUUAUGCUGUUCACUUCCAUUUGAGUGACAAAAUGAAUGGAUCAUAUGUGCGUCACUGUUCUAUUCAUCACUCACACAACAGAGCCAUUACUGCACAUGGAGUUCACGAAAUGCUGUUUGAAGGAGUGGUGGCUUAUGACAUCAAGGGACAUACGUUUUUUAUUGAGGAUGGCAUUGAGACUGGAAAUCAUUACAUCAGAAACCUUGGCCUUGUGACUCGAGGCUCAUCGAGUCUGCUCAACACAGAUCAGUUGCCUGCAACGUUCUGGAUAACUAAUCCAAACAACACAUUUAUUGGAAAUGCAGCUGCUGGAUCAAGAGCUUAUGGUUUCUGGUAUGACUUGGAUCCAAAUCCAUCUGGACCAUCAUUUACAAGAAGUGUUUGCCCUAAUCAAACACCUUUGGGAGAAUUCCGAGACAAUGUUGCUCACACUAAUGCUGAGUUUGGUUUUCGAAUUUGGGAGAAAUAUAUACCUAAGGAGCAUGGUUGCUCUGGUGAUGAUGUUCCAGCCAAUUUUUACAACUUAUUGACAUAUGCAAAUGGUAUUCAUGGUGUUGAACUGUCUGUUGUUGGCCAUGUGAGGCUCAUUGGAUUUAAAGUGGCUGACAAUAGAGACAAUGGUAUUGAGAUAUUGGAAGCUCAUGGUUCAUGGGGAGGCCCAAUGAUAAAGGAGGCUUUGAUCAUAUCUCACACUGUCGCUAAUCAAGGGAAACCUCAGACUGGAGGAAUAAAGACUCCCAAUAAACGACGUCUCACCAUUUCUAACGUGACAUUUUCUCGUUUUGACAAUCCAUCCCUCAGCUGCCUUCGAGCUUGUUCACAUUGCAAAGUUCGUCAAGGAGGGUUUCAGUAUUGGUUUGAAAAGAUCAAAUACCUUGGGAAUUCAAGUUUCCACAAAACAGCUUUUCGAUGGGAACAUGAGGUUUUGUUUAAGGAUCUAGAUGGUACACUGGCUGGUGUUCCUGGAGGUUGGGUUACACCCUCCAAUGGACUCCUGCCGCAUGAUCACUGUGACCAACGGCCUGAGUACAGUCUGAACCCUAGUGUUCCUGGUUCUGUGUGCACACCUUCGGUGCAAAUACUCCGUCUUGCUUGGAAUAAUGUGCAGCCAUUGGCUACGUUUAGAGGUCGAGAUGUUGUAAUCUCUAACAGGCAUGGAUAUACUCAAAUUCCCUGGCGCCAUUAUCGACUAACACAUAUGGAUGGAUACAUGCUAACAUUGCCUAGUCAUCUUGUCCACAACUUGACUUAUGAACUGCCUGCAACACAUGAUGUUGAUAAUACUGCAUUCUCUGCUGGUCUCUACAAUGUGCCAGUCAAUGAAUCAGUAAUCAUUUCAUCACUUUAUGAUACAGCUCCUGAUCACUUCCGUGUUGGAUUCAACAGAAUAGACAUAGGAAGGCCACUUAUGUUCACAGAUCCACACACGUCAUGGCACUUUAACAACAGAAGUCUUGAACUUCAGUACAUAUUGAGCACAAGAAGCAAGAGUGCAGAAUUGUCUGAUCUUAUAUACUCUUUCUCAAAAGAACCCUGCCCUGUUGAUGGUUGCCCAGUUCCAGUCAUUGAUGACAGUGGUUACGAAACAAACUGGAGGCGAUGGAGUAAUCCAUUAGAUUGGCCUAAUGAACGCGUGCCACUAUCAGGAUCUAAUGUAACCAUUCUAAGUUCAUGGAAGAUGUAUCUAGAUGUGGCUGAGGUGAAUGUUGAAAAGUUGGAGAUCCAAGGAAAGUUGAAGUUUGAAGACAAAAAAGAUGUUGUCUUGAAUGCAACAUGGAUUGUGAUUAUUGGAAUACGUGCAAGACUGGAGGUUGGUUUGGAGAGUAGCCGUUUCACUCAUCAAGCUACAAUUAAUCUAAAAGGCAAUCGUAGGACCCCCGACUAUGUCUUAUCUCGUAGCAUGAUUGUAGGUUCGAAGGCUAUUGGUGUCUUUGGAGAGCUGCAUCUAUUUGGUAGUCAACGUCGCUUGAUGUGGACCCAUUUGAGCGAGUCAGCUUUGACUGGGCAGAAAUAUGUGCGCUUGGAAUCAUCCACGGGCACGGACUGGCGUAGUGGCGAUGAGAUUGUGAUAGCUCCCUCUGGCUACAUCCCAUCUGAGGCAGAAAUCAGGACAAUUUCUGCUGUGUCUGGGAAUAAGGUCGAAUUUGAAGAGCCUUUGCUGUAUGAUCAUGAAGUUGACCCAUUUUUAACUGGAAAUGAAAUGGGCACAGGCAAUGAACAAUCUAGGUGGUGGCAUGCAGAAGGAGGAGUGCGAGUUUCUCCAGCAGUUGGAAUUCUUUCACAUAAUGUAAAGAUUAUUGGAACUGAGGACAUCUAUGACUCAAUAUCAGUACAUGAGUUUGGCUGUCGAGUGUUGGUGGGCUAUGUACGUCGUGGCCGAUCAACAUAUGUGGGGAAAGCGUUUAUAGAUAGUGUUCAAUUCAAACAUUGUGGCCAAGGUGGAUUUUUCAGUACAAGGGAUCCUCGAUAUGUUGUGGCAUUUAAAAGCGGUGGUUAUGAGGCAGCAGGAUCAUUUGUCAGACGAAGUUCAGUGCACACUGGAUUCAAUACUGCAUUUGGACUUUUGGCUAGCAAUGGCAUCGAAUUGUCUGACAAUGUUGUCUACCGCUCGGUUGACUCCAUGUUCAGGCUUAUUUCUAUUGGUGGCAUUGUGGAGCGUAAUCUCGGUGUACUGACAAGAAGCAUUCAAGUUGCACGACCAGGAGACAAUCAUGCUGUGGACUUUCCAGCUACUUUUGAAAUUAGUGGUUCCAAUCAUAUUGUAAAAGACAAUGUUGCUGCAGGCUCUGAACGAGUAGGAUUCUAUUACCCAGGAGAGAGCUGUAUCAAUGAUGUAGCACCAGACAGCAAUACUGCUAAGUUUUGGGGCAACUCAGCUGUGUCUGGAAUGAUGGGGCUCGUGGUGAUGGGUUUAAGACAAUCAUGUUCUGCUGUAGGUGGAUUUAUGGCCGCUAGGCAGUGGGAAUACGGAAUUUUCUCAUCAAUUGCCAGUAGUUUGGCAGUUCGUCAAGUUGCAGUUGCUGUUGGCCACACAGGGUUGUGCUUGAACCUCUUUGGUCCUGAUCCAGUAAAGCAUCUGGUCAGUUACAAAUGGAUAAAGGUGGAAGACUCUUUAGUUGUUGGCUCCACUAAAAUGGAACCAUGUUUCUCAUCAACUCCGAGUCAUUGCCCUAGUAUUUGCGCUACUGCUAUGGCACCUAAGCUUGGGAUAAUGAUGGCAAGUUUCGCCAAGAGACAAAGCAAAAUGGAUGGAACUGGCCCUUGGCACAGAGUGAAGAGCUAUCCAGCUGUUGCUGGUCAAGUGAAUGUGUCUUCUGUAACAUUUGCUCGUUUUAAGACCUAUGAGCGAUGUACACACAGCAGCUAUGUUAUUGGCAACAACCAGUUGUCUCCAGAUGCUAUGCAUCCAAAUUACUUUAGAGACAGUGGACUCAUUGAAGUUGAACCAUCAAAUGUAGCCCAUCUGUGGCCACCCAAUCCAGCAUGGAUAGUACAAGAGGAUUGUGUUGAUAUGGAUUGUGAUGGUCCAAAGCAUUCUUUGAUCAAUGAUAUUGAUGGUCGGCUGGUGGGAACAUCUGGAACACGUGGUUCUAUCAUCCCACAAGCAGAGAUUCGAUUUGACAUAACACGCCUUCCUGAGGCAAUGAGGUACUCUGUUGAUGAUCCAACUACUAGGUUGAAAGCUGAGGAUAUUGUUGAACAUCGUGGAAUUGCAAGAGGAAGUGAUGGAACAUUUGAUGGAAACAGUCCUGGCUGUGAGUGGAUGUCCAGUUGGAAUGCUUACAAAUGCUCUGGUCUUAAUCACCAGAUGUUGAUCAUCGAAAGCAUGGAUGCCGAUUCAGAGGUUCGUCGAGUAUCACCUAUUGCUUUACAUGGAGGUGAUACAGGAUCUGGCAAGUAUACAGAUCUCAUGAAUGGACCUAUGGACCAUGGUUGGUGCACUUACUAUACUUGUUUGAAACGUUUAUCAACUUUUUUCAGCAUUGUUGCUGUGGGAACUGACUAUCAGCUGUGGUUCACAGGUUCUAAUCCUGGCCAUUUGCGCUUUCAUUUGCUAAACACAUAUGGUGGACCAAGUGAUACUCCUGGUGAAGGAGUUCGAAUUUCUAUUUGGUACAAAAAUCCUCAGAGAAAAGAUGUGUACAAGGAUGGAGUAUACUUAGAACCAUCAAAUUCUGAGCUUCAAAAGGGCGGUGGAGUGAAGAAACAGAGUGGUGAUCAGUAUAUUCCUGAAUUGAGCAGUAGCCAUAGUGGUGCCAAUUACUUCAGUAGACGAUCACAAAUACUUCAUUUGGUUGUCAAAGGUAGCAAGCCCAUAGAAGUGACCACACCGCCUGUUGUACAAGUUUCGUUUGAUCUGGCUGUGGGCAUUGACGAUUUCUUUGAUCCUGUAUCAAUUGUUCGCAAUCUGGCAUUUGUCCUAAGAAUUCCGGAGAGCUUGAUUACAAUAGUAGAUGUAAUUGCUGAAGACACACAGUCUACUGCUGGAAAACGCAAGCGUGGUUUACUAGCUGCAACUGAAGCACCAACUCAGUCUCUUGCACUUGUGAUAGAGAUAGGUGAUCCACCAGCUAAGAAUAUCAGUCAACCAGAGACACAGAGUGUUGAGGAGCAAGUUGAAGAGGAAGGUGGAGUGUCACCGUUGCCUGUUAAUGAUGAUGGAACGGAAAAUGAAACUCUUGUUACUGAUGCUCCACCUCCUGCUGCAGCUUUAAAUAUCACUGCUGAUGGUGACGACGUUCCUAACAAUGAGGAGUUAGCAAAUCAAUAUCUAGCAGAUUCACAGCAGUUUUCGGACAACCAAAAAGCUUAUGCUGAAGCCGUUGAAAAAACAAAUUACUUGAAUGGACUUGCAAACAUGCUGGUGGAACAGGUACAAACUGGGCAAUUGAAACUUGACAAUGCAUCUGUUACCGGAAUGUCAGUAGCUGCUGUGCCUCCUCCACCCAAGCCAGUUGAGCCUGUCGUUCCUCCAGGCUUUGAGAACUUAACAUCUAGCACAGGAGAAAAAAUCUACACUGCUAUAGAUGCUCCCACAUCUCCUCCGCUUGUAAUUGACAGCUCAAUAGAGAAUAAUGACACUGAUGUGGUCUUCCAGAUACCUGCCAGGGCUACAGUGUCCAGACAACCACUUCCAGUGAGUGGCCAUCUUGUAUUUGUCUCAGUUGUGGUAGAAGAUGCGAACAGGAAGCCAGUGGAGAAUUUGGGGUUGACUCAAACGUGGCAAUGCACAGUAUCUUUGAUCUAUGACGGUUUGCAAGACAACAGGACCAUAUUGGAAGGUGAAACAACAGUACAUUUUAGACAUGGUGGAUAUGCACACUUCACUCAUCUCCGUGUGAAUCAAGCUGCAGACAACCUCUUUCUCCAAUUUUUUAUCUCACCGGCCAAUUAUUCUGUCCGUACUGCUAACCCUUUCUCUGUUGUUUCCCCCACUGCUGCAACAACAGAACACAAGAAAGUGCAGUUUGCAAUUCAGGGCAACUAUGAGAAUAUUGUGUUGUCAGGUGCUAAUGGCAAAGACGGUUUCUUACAAGAACUGAAGAAUAGACUUGGAGAGACUUUAAACAUUGAUAUUUCACGAAUAGCGGACAUGGAUGUAUUUGCUGGGAGCAUCGUUUGUGUUAUGACAAUCUUGGAAAGAGCCAAAUCAGAUCCACCUGGUACACCAAGUCUUGCUGCUACUGUGGACUACUUGCAAAGUCUUGUAGAAACAGGCUUGUUUACAAUGACUUAUGAAUCAGAACAAUUGACUGCUAUAAGGACUUCCUUUCAAGUGAAAAGUGACAGUGAUGAUGAUGAUGAUAACGAUGAUAAAUCUAGUGGCUUGGCAUGGUGGAUUAUUGCAGUUGCGGCGACAGGUGCCGUUCUAUUUCUACUGUUACUUCUGCUGUUAUGGCUGAAGGUUUUCCGAAGUGCUACAAUGAGGAUAGGCACUGCUGAUCGAUGGGCACAGGCUCCAAAGAGGCGUCAACUUGUAGCUGUUGCACAGGCUGACGAGAGAGAAAACCUAUAUGUAGAACCGUAUAAUCAACAUUUGGAAAUGGUGACAUUUUACGAUAGGAAUGAAGAACUCAUAACUAAAACUAAACCAAGUAGCCUUGAAGAACCUCGUUGGGCAACACCGGUUGAUUCCAUUACUGAUCGUGAUCGAGGUCUAACACCUGUUGGUAGCACUACAGGCUUAUUGCCUGAAUCUCAACACUCUCGUAGUGUAAGUCCAACUUAUUCCAACAAAACAUCGACAAGCUCUCUUCGAAAUCCUACUCGAACCUCACUUGAACAUACUCGUCAAGUAGUUGUCUCACCUACGCCAUCUCUCUUAAAUCCAAAAUUUGGUACACAGAAUGAAGGACAGAUAUCAUACACAAAUGAUGCUGGAGCAACAGAGAUUGUGGUACUUCCUGGCAGUACAAAACAAUCGAAGCAAAAUUCAGUUGUAGUUAUGCAUCCAGGCUCUGGAGAUGAUACAGGUAAAACUCACUGGAAGUAUUGAUCAAAGAAAGAUAUUGCUGUGCUGGAGCACUAUAGCAUCAUUGGGAGUUAAUAGUGUAGUAGAGAACUUUAUUGUGUGAAUUAUGCAUCUGAAUGAUUAUUGAUGUUAUUCUUACCAUUGGACUAGCAUAUCUAUUGAUAGUGGUGUCUGUGUGUUGUUUGUAGCAUGUAUGUAGGAAUGCAGUAAACUAUGAUGCUGAACUUCA